AUGGCGAUUAAAACUGUCGUUCGCGCGGCUGUUACCGUCUCCGUUGUUGGCGCCAUUUCGGUUGACAUGCAGAAGGCGGGAACGAUGUGGACGAUGAGCGAUUUGCCGCGCUCGGUGUUGAAAUCCAAAGAUGAUGCGGUUUCUGGUUGUGGCAAGGAGAUCCCUGGCUACUUCCAGUUCCCAGGCCUCAAGUGGGCAAAUACUUGGAGAAGCAUCGAGACCUGGAACAGCACCGUGUGCGCACAGACUUGCGACGAUAAUAGCAAUUGCAUCGCUUUCACCGCCAAGGCACGGCAAGACAGGCACGGCAAGAUGCACUGCAAUUUGUACAAGGGCCUCUUAAAGCAGAUGGACCACAGGGCCAUGUCCUACAUGAGGUGCGUUAGUGGUUUCGAUUGCGAGGACGGGUUCCAAUUCACCCACGCGGGGACUUGGAAGGGCGGCAAGCAGAUCGACAAGCUGGAUUACGAAAGCAAGGCGGAGUGCCGACUGGCGUGCUACUACAACAGGGGGUGCGUCGGCUUCACGUACCGCGUAACAAAAGAGGGAGACACGUCCUGCUUCCACUUCGAGAACGAGGAAAACAAGGAGGGGCCCACGCGCGACAUGCGCUCCAACACGUAUUCCAAGUGCGCCCAGUUCCAGGUUCCAGCAGCUCCGGAGAGCCAGGCCCUGGACUCCAAGGACGAGGAGAGCCUGGACCCGGCCUCGGCGGACGAGAGCGACGCAGCGUGA